AAAUCUGUCUUUGCACCAGCUGUUUGCGCACACCGAGCAGAAAAAACCAACGCAACAAAUACGCAACUUCCUUUUUCUCCGAGGCCAUAUUGGGGUGAUUUCACUGUUGGCCAGUUCGGACUAAACCGCAAACAUGGUGGCCGCUAAGAAGACGAAAAAGUCCAUGGAGUCCAUAAACUCUCGUCUCCAGCUGGUGAUGAAGAGUGGAAAAUACGUGCUGGGCUACAAGCAGUCCCAGAAGAUGAUCCGCCAGGGAAAAGCUAAGCUGGUCAUUCUGGCCAACAACUGCCCUGCUCUUAGGAAAUCUGAGAUCGAGUACUACGCCAUGCUGGCCAAGACCGGUGUUCACCACUACAGUGGAAACAACAUUGAGCUUGGCACAGCCUGUGGAAAGUACUACAGGGUGUGCACGCUGGCUAUCAUUGACCCCGGCGAUUCUGACAUCAUCAGGAGCAUGCCGGAUCAGCAGCAGCAGGCCCAGUAGAUCUGUUCCCCCACCCACAUUGUUAUAAA